GCAUUACCCUUUACCAACACUCUCAGAUCGUCUCUCAUCAUGGCUUCUUCUUCUACUUCUCCUAACUACAGCUACAAUGUCUUCGCGAGCUUCAACGGGGAUGAUGUCCGUAAAACACUUCUCAGUCACAUACGCGAACAGUUCAACCGCAACGGGAUCACUAUGUUUGAUGACCAAGAGAUUGAGAGAAGCGCAACAAUCGCCCCUUCACUCACCAAAGCUAUAAAAGAAUCGAGGAUCUCGAUUGUGAUUCUCUCCAAGAACUAUGCUUCUUCAGGCUGGUGCUUGGAUGAAUUGGUGGAGAUAAUGGAGUGUAAGAGAGCUAUGGGACAGAUAGUGAUGACCAUCUUCUAUGGAGUGGAGCCAUCCCAUGUACGGAAACAGAUUGGAGGCUUUGGGAUCGCUUUCAAUGAAACUUGUAAACGUAAGGAACCUUCGGACGAGCAAAGGCAGAAAUGGAUCAAAGCUUUGAACGAUGUGGGCAAUAUUGAGGGAGAAGAUUUCCUAAGAUGGGACAAUGAAGCAAAAAUGAUCAAGAAAAUUGCAAAAGAUGUUCUUGACAAACUGAAUGCUACACCAUCUAAGGAUUUUGAUGGUAUGGAGGGACUUGACGCUCAUUUGACAGAAAUGCAGUUAUUGCUAGAUUUAGAUGGUGGUGAUGGAGUUAAGAUGGUCGCAAUCUCUGGUCCGGCAGGAAUUGGUAAAACGACCAUUGCUAGAGCUUUACACAGCCUAAUCCGUGAUAGGUUUCAGCUUACUUGCUUUGUGGACAGCCGUAAGGGAAGCUACCCACCUGGUCUUGAUGAGUAUGGUCUGAAGUUACGAUUACAAGAACAGCUUCUUUCGAAUAUUCUGAACCAAAAUGGUAUGACUAUAUGCCAUCUGGGUGUUGUAAAAGAAAGGCUAGGUGACAAGAGAGUACUUAUCAUUCUUGAUGAUGUGGACAACAUAAGACAGUUAGAGGCGUUGGCUAAUGAAACUAAGUGGUUUGGUUCUGGAAGCAGGAUUGUAGUUACCACAGAAAACAAAGAACUUCUACAGCAACAUGGCAUCAACAAUACGUACCAUGUGGGGUUUCCAUCUGACGUAGAAGCUAUCGAUAUCUUGCGUAAAUAUGCUUUUCGAAAACGUUAUCAAAAUGAUGAUUUUGAGAAGCUUGCUGAAAGGAUAACGGAUCUUUGUGGUAAGCUUCCACUGGCUCUACGUGUGGUGGGUUCAUCUUUACGAGGGAAGAAUGCAGAAGAGUGGGAAGAAGUAAUGCAUAGGCUAGAGACUGUUCUUGAUCGAGAGAUCGAGGGCGUCCUAAGAGUGGGCUAUGAAAAUUUAGAUGAGAAUGAUCAAUCUCUAUUUCUCCACAUUGCAGUCUUCUUCAACUAUAAAGAUGGUGAUCUUGUGAAAGCCAUAUCCGCUGAUGGUGAUCAUUUGGAAGUCAAACGUGGGCUGAAGAUCCUAGCCAAUAGAUCUCUCAUAGAUCUAUCUACAAGUGGGGAGAAAAUAGUGAUGCACAAAUUACUACAACAAAUGGCUAGACAAGUCAUUCGUAAACAAGAGCCUUCGAAACGACAAGUACUAGUGGACGCUCAUGAGAUUUGUGAUAUCCUCGAAGAUGAAACAGGUACUGGAGUUGUGUCCGGCAUAUCAUUUGAUAUAUCAGGAAUCGAGGAAGUUUCCAUAGGCAAGAAAGCUUUUAAAAAAAUGCCUAAUCUUCGAUUCCUAAGGGUUUACAAAAGCAGAGCUGAUGGGAAUAAUAGAAUGUAUAUACCUGAAAAGAUGGAGCUUCCUCGUCGUCUAAGAUUACUACAUUGGGAGGCAUACCCAAACAAGUGUCUUCCUCCUACAUUUCGUCCGGGAUAUCUUGUAGAGCUUGAUAUGACCUGUAGCCAACUCGAGUACCUCUGGCAGGGAGCUCAGCUGCUUACAAAUCUUAAGAAGGUAGAUCUGUCAGCGUCUUAUAAUUUGAAGGAGCUUCCUGAUUUUUCAAAUGCUACAAAUUUGGAGAAAUUAGAUCUGAGAGGUUGCAUGAGAUUGGUAGAGAUCCCGUCCUCCUUUUCGCAUCUUCAUAAACUAAAGAAGUUGAAGAUGGGUGGCUGUAUAAACCUAGAAGUCAUUCCAGCUGACAUGAACUUGGCAUCUCUUGAUUCAGUCAAUAUGCAAGGAUGCUCAAAACUGAGAAAAUUUCCAGACAUGUCAACGAACAUAAGAAAAUUGGAUAUAUCAAAAACAGCGGUUGAAGAUGUACCUGCCUCAAUUGCGAUGUGGUCACGUCUCGAGUCUCUCUCUAUGUGGAACAAUGGAAAUCUCAAGGGGAUAACACAUCUUCCCCUGAAUGUACUGUGGGUGAACGUAAGCUAUUCCGCAAUCGAGAAGAUACCAGACUGCAUGAAAGCUCUUCAUCAGCUACAAGAACUUAAUCUCUCUGGCUGCAGAAGACUCGCAUCAUUGCCAGAGCUCCCCGGUUCACUCAACAACCUACGUGCUGACGAUUGUGAAUCACUGGAGACAGUGUUUUUCCAUAUGAAACACACUCCAGAUGCGGAACUUAGUUUCAUCAACAACUUCAAACUGAGCCAACAAGCGCGGCGAGAAAUUAUCGUAGGAUCGUUGUUCCGUGGAAGCGCUCUCUUGCCAGGAAGUGAAGUACCUGCAGAGUUCCAUCACCACCGAGCCAGAGGAAACUCGUUGACCAUUCCUCAUUCUUCUGCUUUCUCCACGUUUAAGGUUUGCCUUGUGAUUUCACCGAACCCUAAGAAAGACAGAGACUAUAUGACUUCACAGCUACUCUGUUGCCGCAUCUUCGGCAAAGACGACUUGUACCCCACUGACAGGGAAUUCUACAUAGGCGAUGAUGUCUCGAAAUAUCGAGCGGAGCAUCUAUUUAUAUUUCACUCUCACUUACUCGACAAAUACAUCAACCCAGCUAAAGUGAGGACAGAGAUAACGUUCGAAUUCAGCAGCCCGUCCAGCGUUUUCGACGUUACAGAGUGUGGUGCCAAGUUCUGUACCCAAAAAACCAUCGGAGGGAGCUAUGAAUCUGGAUCAAAGCAUCUACAUACUGUUGAUGUAGAUGAGGUCACAGUAAAAGUGCAGAAAUAAACAAGACACAAGUUUUCUCUUUUCGAAUUCACUAGAACAAGAAAGUCUUACGACAAUCUUUUAUAUUACAAGAAUCCUUUAGAAUUAGACCAAUCAUAAGCUAAAACUCACCCUAGGGUCUAGAAUUUUGUUUAUCAGGAUCCUCUAAACCCCGAGUUAAACUCCCCCUGAGUCUAGGUUUCAAUCUUUCAUAAUUCCGGAAGUACGUCAACAACUACGUCAGCAACUAACGCAGAACAGCAACGCCAAAAGCUUGAUCACACAAGCACAAAGGAUCUCUCGAAUUUUCUUUUUCCCAGAGACACCUUUCUCCAUAGAGGCACGUCCUCCUUGUAUAGAUAUCUAGAACUUGCUCUUCAAGUUCUUCCAAAAUCAACUUAAGCAACUUUCGUUUUUUCUCUUAAGAAAUAACUCUCUUGCCUUUUCCUCUUCAAGUAAUAAUGUAAUAUCAUUUACACUUAAUGUAAAUAUUCCAAUAAAUAUAUUAUCUCUUCUCCAAGCUUAACAAGCCCACGGACAUCACAAAACACGAACUCCAACUAAGCCCAUCUUCAUGACACGCACAUGUAGUACUUCACGAACUGACACAGAAUAUACAUCUUCAAUCUCCCCCUUUUUGACUAUGCAUGUGAACUCAUCACCCCUGGAUAGAAAACCACGUCUUCACAUACUCCAUAAAUAACUUCUAAACUUUAAAUUUUGCAGUUUUUGAAAUUUAUAUACAAGUCAAAGCCGUAGUUUAUAUACAAGUCAAAGCUACCAUCACUCUAUUUUAUUGCAAUACAUUUUUAAAAAAAGUUGUAUAUUUCUAGAGUUUUCUAUUUUUUUGGGGGAAACAAUUGAGGGAAAUUUACCAAAAUUAUGAGCAGGAGUGAUGAUAUCGGACCGGUACUUUUGGGCUUUUACUACUAUCGGAUUUUUGGAUUUUUAUCGCUUUUAUCGUUAUUGGACUUUUAUCGUUUAUGUUGUUUCCUAUUUCAAACUUUCGGAUCUGUAUUGUCUUAUAUAUUUUGGAUUUUAUAUUAUACUAGGAUAAGACAUGCGCCUUGCGCAAGGCGCAAGGUGAAUAUAUGUUUCACAUUGAACUGAUUCUCAACUUGAGUCACAAACGCUGGAAACACUUUAGUAACUUCAGCCUUUGUGCUUAGUAAAUAAAUCCAAGUAG